UUUCACAUUUGCCACAAGAGGGAGAGAGAAGAUGCUCAUCCGUGUGAAGGACUCGAGCGGAGCUGCACACAUGAUCGCGCGCAGUGCACAGAUGAGGCAGGCAGCAUCACGCACGAGCGACGAUGACACAUCUCUCAACUCUUACAAGUCGACAAGAACAAGCCUGGAUCAUGACCACCGACUGCUAGAGAAUCUUUACGACACGAGAAACCCGACAGAAAUUACAAGAGCUCACUCACUCCUCUCGUUUUCCUGCCAUGGAGGAUGCAAACAUCUCUCACGUGGCAGCCGUGUACGUGAACCCUCACAGUCAAGUGCCCGUUCUUGACGUCCAUGACAGUUACACGGACUUCUACGACAUGGACUAUGGCGUUCCUGCAGAUGAGAUGCCAGAUACCACACAGGGACUGGCCUACUUCGUGGCCACCAUUGUCAUCGGAGCGGUCCUGGUCUGUAUUAUGCUGGUGUGCGGCUUCGGCAACUUCGUGUUUAUAGCCACUCUGGCCCGAUACAAAAAACUCAGGAACCUCACCAACCUGCUGAUCGCUAACCUGGCAAUCUCCGACUUCAUAGUGGCCGUGGUCUGCUGCCCUUUCUUGGUGGAUUACUACGUGGUCAAACAGCUCUCCUGGGACCACGGGAAAGUGUUGUGUGCCUCUGUCAACUACCUCAGGACCGUGUCUCUGUAUGUGUCUACCAAUGCCUUACUGGCCAUCGCUGUUGACAGGUAUAUGGCCAUCGUUCAUCCCUUGAGGCCCAGAAUGAAGCACCAGACCGCAUACUGUCUCAUAACCGGGGUGUGGAUCGUCCCAGUGCUCAUUUCCAUACCUUCUGCAUACUUCGCGUCUGCGACCAAAGUCCCUAACGGGGCCAACCGCAGCAAAACCUUCUGCGCCCAGAUUUGGACGGUGGACCAGCAGCUGUACUACCGCUCAUAUUUCCUGUUCAUCUUUGCCGUGGAGUUCGUCGGGCCGGUGCUCACCAUGGCCCUGUGCUACCUGCGCAUUUCCCGUGAACUCUGGUUCAAGAGCGUGCCGGGUUUCCAAACGGAGCAGAUCCGCAAACGCCUGCGCUGCCGGAGAAAGACGGUCAUGGUGCUCAUCGGCAUUCUCACGGCGUACAUCCUCUGCUGGGCUCCGUACUACGGCUACACCAUCCUGCGAGAUUUCCACCCGACGCUCAUCUCCCGAGAGCGGAACUCCCUGGUGGCUUUCUACAUCAUCGAGUGCAUCGCCAUGAGCAACAGUAUGAUCAACACAUUCUGCUUUGUCAGUGUAAAGAACAACACUGUGAAAUAUUUCAAAAGGAUCGUUCUUCUGCGCUGGAAAUCCACCUACACCUCCAGGAAGACCGUAGAGGAGACAGACGUGAAUCCCAACCUCACCGAAUGUAAGAAGGGAGCCGAACUGAGUGGUUUUCAUGUCACUCAUAUUACAGAUGAUUAAAGAGUCCUGAUUAUACUGGCAUUGUUCUGCAGAUGAAAGUCUUGUGACUGAUGUUAUGCUCUAGUGGUUUUAGUAAAAAGAGUUAGUUUUUUCCUGUCAAAUGUGCCAUUUUCAUUCUUUGUACGUAUAACCAAUCAUUUCAGAUUUUUGCACAAAUUUAGUUUAUGAGUAAAUUAACUUCUCAACCCAUAAAGCAUUCUGAAUGACUUAAAGGAUUAGUUCACUUUCAAAUGAAAAUUAGCCCAAGCUUUACUCACCCUCAAGCCAUCCUAGGUGUAUAUGACUUUCUUCUUUCUGAUGAACACAAUCUGAGUUAUAUUAAUGCAUAUCCUGACGCAUCCGAGUUUUAUAAUGGCAGUGAAUUGGACCAACGAGUAUGAAGCUCAAGAAAGUGCAUUCAUCCAAAGCAAAACGUACUCUAUACGGCUUCUAAAGUGAAGUGAUUCGUUUGUCUAAGAAAAAAAUCCAUAUUUAACAAGUUAUGAAGUAAAAUAUCUAGCUUUUGCCAGAACGCCUUCCAUAUUCAAUGUACGAAAAAAAUGGAACUGGUGUCACGUCAAUUAAGCUUUUUCCUUAAGUUGAAUAGGGAAGGCGUAGGAUGUAGCGUAAGCUUUUUGAACUUUUUGAGCAAGUUGAAUAUGGAAGGCGGUCUGGAGGAAGCUAGAUAUUUUACUUCAUAACUUGUUAAAUAUGGAUAUUUUUCUUACACAAAUGCAUCGCUUCACUUCAGAAGGCCUUUAUUAACCCCCAGAGCCGUGUGGAGUAUGUUUAUGAUGGAUGGAUGUGGAUGGAUGCACUUUCAUACUCAUGCCCCCUGUUCACUGCCAUUAUAAAGGGAUGGGUGAGGGAGAGUAAAGCUUGGGCUAAUUUUCAUUUCGAAGUGAACUAAUCCUUUAAGUGAAUCAAAGAGAAUGGUAAAAUGUAAAACUACUGACGUAUAGUUAUUGAUUAUAAGUAUAGAACAAUAUAUUGUUUGUUUUUUGGUAACACUUUACCUAAAGCCUUUAUACAGUAUACAGUAUGAUGCAUUAUAAAAGUAUUUUUAAUACAUUAUGAUGCAUUGUAUGGUCUCAUGAAUAAUUUUAACCACAGUUACAAUACUUUUAUACACCUUUAGAAAGUAUAAUGCAUUAAUAUACAUGACAAACAACCAAUUUUAGAUACAAGGAAUCUGCAAUUUAUAUUAUAAUGCAUUUUAACUUUGAUUAACUAUUUAUGAAAAAAUAUAAUGCAUUAUAACAUACAUUAUGAAUACCUUUAUAAUGCAUUAUACAUAAAGGUUUUAAUGCAAAAUGUUAGUUUUUUUAUUUAUUUAUUUACGUUUAUAGCUAAAUAUUUAAAUACAAAUAUAUAAGCAUGUAUAAGGAGACUGGACACCAUUCACAAUUCUUUGUGACAUUUGCUGGGUAUGCUGACCUUUUUAUUUAUCUAUGUUGUCAUGGUAACAGGGUUUUUUCUGAAUUAUGGGUAGUGUAGUUAUUUACAUGAAAAUUUAAACUUGUUUUAAUCAUUCAAAAGGUUCAUAUCAUGUUAUUAAAAAUCAAUUUCUCUAUGGAGAAAAUGAGUGGGAUUUUUACUGUUUUGCUCUAUUGAUGAAAAAACCCUAAAUAUAAUAUUUUUCAGCAGUAUUUCUACAAAUACAAUUAAGGCCUCAUCGAACCACCACUCAGUAAUUUACUAUUAUGUAUUAUAGAUUAUUUGAAAAUGUGGAUGUUUUAUUUUUGGAAGAAUUUCAUUUUUCCCUAGCUCUGGAAAUGUGGACAUUUGCUGUCUUUUGUGUUGUUAAUACAGUGUCUGCAUGCAUUCUAGCCAAAUAAAGUUGAACCUGAGAACCAA